CCCUCUCUCAGUCUCGCAACGGCUCGUUCGGCUCUCUGCUUCUCUCUUUCCUCCAUUUCUAGGGUUUCUGGAUAUUUCAGCUCCGAUGAAAGCCCUCGUCCAUCCUAGAAGCGGUAGGGUUUCCCCCUCCGAAACCCUAACCUCACCAUCUCAUAAGCAGAGGCCUCCGAGAGUUCCGAAGGAGAACGUCGAGCCCAACUCCAUGCCGCCAGAAUCCUCUCUUUUUCGUUCACCGCCUAUCCCUGGUAAGUCACCCUCUAUGAAGAUUCGUAGCCCUCUCCCUCCGCGGCCUCCGCUUCCCUCAGUCCCUCUCAAGAGGAAGCUUAGCUUGGAAACCCUGCCUGAAAACGGAUCUCCAGCUGCGUCUCCCUGCGAUUCCGGCGUCCAGGUGAUACUGCGAUUGAGGCCUCUUAGCAAAGAGGAAGAAGACGAGGGGAGUCUGAUUGCUCAGAAGAUCUCACCCAACUCUAUUUCAAUUCUUGAUCAUACUUUCACCUUCGAUUCAGUGGCUGGUGCAGGCUCAACGCAGGAAGACAUUUUCCAACUAGUUGGGGUUCCAUUGGUGGAGAAUUGCUUGGCCGGGUUUAAUAGCUCCAUUUUUGCAUAUGGGCAGACUGGAAGUGGGAAGACAUAUACCAUGUGGGGGCUUCCAAGUGCAAUGACUGCUGAUGGCUCGUUGAGUCAAGAAAUGGGAUUGACACCUCGAGUGUUUGAAAUGCUCUUCUCCCGCAUAUAUGAGGAACAAGCUAAGCAGUCAGAUAAGCAGCUAAUUUAUCAAUGCCAUUGUUCUUUUUUAGAAAUAUACAAUGAGCAAAUUACAGAUCUGUUGGACCCAACACAAAGGAAUCUUCAGAUAAGAGAAGACAUUAAAACUGGAGUGUAUGUGGAUUGCCUAACAGAGGAGUAUGUUUGCCAAAUGAAGGAUGUAAUCCGAUUGUUGAUAAAGGGUUUGUCAAACAGAAGGAUUGGGGCCACAAGCAUAAAUGCAGAAAGCUCACGAUCACAUUGUGUUUUCACCUGUGUUGUUAAGUGUUGGUCAAAGAGUAUGUUAGAUGGACUUAGUAGCUUAAGGACCAGUAGAAUAAACCUUGUUGAUCUAGCGGGAUCAGAAAGACAAAAGGCCACACAUGCUGCAGGUGAACGUUUGAAGGAAGCGGGCAACAUCAAUCGUUCCCUUUCCCAACUCGGGAAUUUAAUUAAUAUUUUAGCAGAAGUUUCUCAGUCUGGAAAACAUAGGCACAUCCCCUAUAGAGACUCCAGGCUGACAUUUUUAUUGCAGGAAUCUCUUGGUGGUAAUGCGAAACUGGCAAUGAUCUGUGCCGUUUCACCAUCACAACGAUGCAAGAGUGAAACUUUUAGUACCUUGAGGUUUGCACAGCGAGCAAAGGCAAUAAAGAAUCAGGCUGUAGUAAAUGAGACCGUGGAGGAUGAUGUUAAUGUCCUAAGAGAACAGAUACGCCAACUGAAGGAUGAACUUCUUCGUAUAAAAUCAAAUGAGACAUCUACAGAAAGCAAUAACAGAAGUUCUACUGGAUGGAAUGUCCAACGAAGCUUGAAUCUUUUGAGACUAAGCCUUUGUCGUCCAAGAACAUUACCAGUUGUGGAUGAUGACAGUGAUGAAGAGAUGGAAAUUAUCAAGGAAGGUAUUGAAAUAACCAGUGUUGAGUCAAAUUCAACCUCUGAUUUAAAAAAAUCAUGUGCUAAUGAGGAAUCAAAUCACUUGAAGGACUUGAAGGAUCUAAAACCUGAUAAUUCUGAUACAGAUCCUAUUCUCAAUGAUAUAAACCCAAUGCAAAUACAUGGAUCUGAUUUUCAAAAUGACCAAAAUAGUGGGUUUAGGCAUAGCAGUGUGGAAGGUUAUGAAAUAGGGCAAGCAACAGCGGAUGACUGCAGAAUAAAAAACAAAGAAGUAGCUGAAAGUGUUGUAAGAGAAGUUUCGGUCAUUCCCGACAUGAAAGAGGACGCAUAUCAGGAUGAGUGUGAACCAGUACAAAUUCUUGCCAAAGAAAAAUCAUUGGAUGGUAUCUGCACGGAAAUUAUUGAGGAACAUUCUGCAGUUAUUGGUAGAGAUCCUAUAGGAGCCAAUUUUCUAGACAAAUUACAUAGCUCUACUUCUAAAAGUCACGUUUCACCUGGUAGCCUUGACAUUGUAGCAUGUGAAACAUCUUUGGCUCUUGCAUUACCUAUGUCGAGCAACUCUCCUAGACUUGAGAACUGCGGUAGGAAAAGUCUGAGCUCAUCAUCCUUAAUUUCAGACACCUCUCGUAGAGUUGAGAACUGCAGUAGGAAAAGCCUGAGAACAUCAUUAAUUUCAGCAUCUCAGAAAGACAUAUCGUCACAUUUGGAACAUGAUCCAGGUGUUCUGAAUGUUUCAUUUGCUGAUAACUUAAAACAUAGUAAUAAUAAUGUUCAUCCCGCUCUGUCUAGCAGGAAUUCCUUGUCAACAACUGAAGAUCUUGCAGCAAGUAUACGACAUGGUCUUCAAAUCAUUGAUAGCCAUCAGCGAAGUUCAUCUGUAAGGAAUUCAUUAUUUAGGUUCUCUUUGAAACCUGUUGAUCUGAGGCUGUUGAACUCAAUGAACAAGGUUGACAUCGGCAUACAAACACUUCCUCAGGAAUCAGAAGUGAUAGAAGAUUCAUCUGCUUUUAUAUGUAGUUACUGCAAGAGCCAAGCUUCUCCACCAGAAUGUGAAAAUAGCACCGAGCAUGGAGGAUUACAAAUAGUGCCUGCGGAUGAUUGUCAAUCAGCUAGCAAAUCCCAAUCUGUUGACCGAUGCAAGAAGCUUCUGCCUAAAGCGGUGGAGAAGGUCUUGGCUGGAGCUAUCAGGAGGGAAAUGGCUCUUGAAGAUCACUGUGCUAAACAAGCUGCUGAAAUUAUGCAGCUAAAUCGUUUGGUCCAACAGUACAAACAUGAACGUGAAUGCUUGUCAAUUAUUGAACAGACCCGAGAGAAUAAAAUCUGUCGUCUAGAGGGCCUUAUGGAUGGUGCUUUGCCAACUGAAGAGUUCAUGGAGGAGGAAUUUCUCUCACUAAGAAACGAGCACAUGAUGCUAAAAGAGAAAUGUGAGAACCAUCCUGAAGUUUUACGUCUAAAGAUUGAAUUAAAAAGGGUUCAGAAUGAGCUAGAUGGAUAUAGAAACUUCUUUGAUAUGGGUGAAAGGGAUGUACUAAUUGAGGAAAUACAAGACCUAAGAAGCCAGUUGCAAUAUUUCAUAGACUAUUCUUUGGCAUCAACUUGCACCCAAAGUCCAUUGCUGCAGUUAACCCAUUCAACUGAACAUAUGUCAACUCCUCUCACCAUGAUCCCCGAAUCAAAAGAAGAAAGUGCUGAUGAAGUUUUGGAACAGGAGAGACGCUGCUGGACGGAAAAAGAGAGCAAAUGGAUUUCUCUCUCUGAAGAGCUUAGAACAGAACUUAAAUCCAGUCGAGCUCUUACUGAGAAAUGGAAAAUUGAACUUGAGUCUGAGAAGAAAUGCAAAGAGGAGCUUAAGGAGGCACUUCAAACAGCAUUGGAGGUUCAUAUGCGAACUUUGGAACAAUAUUCUGAGUUUGAAGAGAGGCAUAUGGCUUUGCUUGGGAGGCAUCGUAAAAUGAGGGAGGGUAUAAGUGACGUGAAGAAUGCAGCAGCAAAAGCUGGUGUGAAAGGCGCUGAAUAUAAAUUCAUUGAAUCUCUUGCUGCUCAAAUUGAAGCUCUUAGGGAAGAGAGAGAAAAGGAGAGGAGGUAUUGGAGGGAUGAAAAUAAAGGUCUCCAGACUCAGUUAAGGGAUACCGCUGAGGCUGUAGAGGCUGCAGCAGAACUACUUGUUCGUUUGAAGGAAGCAGAAGAGGCUGUCGCUACAACACAGAAACAACUUUUAGCUGCGGAGCAGAGGUCUGAGAAAGCUUAUCAGGAGAUUGCUGAUCUGAAGAAAAAUUAUGAGGGAGAAAUCGCAACAUUAAAUCAAUUACUGGAAGAAUCACGUUCUCUGAAAGAAAGACCAUUUGAUGGAUCCUCUGCAGAAACUGGGCUAUACUCGUGGUUUUACAAUUAUGACCGCUGCAACAUUUAAGGAGUAGCAAUUUAAUGGGUGCAUCCGACAACAUAAUCAGCAGCAGCAGCAGCAUCAUCAUGAAUAGGUUUGGUUUGCCUGCAAUUACAAGUUGCUUUCAAAUGGAUUCCUUUUGCCUAUAUCUUAGUACAUAGCAAUGAAUAUUUUAUGGUCCUAUUCAGGCUCGAUUUUCCAGUUCUUAAAUGUACAAGCAUUAUGUUUAUGUAACCAUUUUUUUUACAGUACAAACCUUGUGAAGGAAAUUAAACAAAUAAGAGAGUGUAUCAGUGUAAAUUCAUUGUACUU